AUGGAAGACGAAAACGAGAAAACUGUCGCGGAGCAACACGAGCAAGUGCUAGAAGGUGUUUUCGCCGUGGUGAAGCCUGCGAAUGUCUCUUCAGCAGACGUAAUUCUCAAACUCCAGGCAGCAUUCCGUUGUUCAGAUCUGUUCGCGUCACUGCGCAAACACCAGCCGAAACGUACCAAACACCCCUAUCAUGUUUUCCGUCUAGGUCAUGGCGGCACGCUCGAUCCCCUCGCCUCCGGCGUGCUCAUCGUAGGAAUCGGGCGCGGCACAAGAUCGCUCUCACAGUACCUAGCAUGUGACAAAAGCUACGACACCACCAUUCUAUUCGGUAUGAGUACCGACAGCUACGACUGUACUGGAACUAUGAAGACAAGAGCAGACGCCUCGCACGUGACUCGUCAGCUUGUCGAGGAACAGCUGCCCAAAUUUCUAGGAACAAUCCAGCAAGUUCCACCCGUGUACUCAGCGCUGAAGAUCAAUGGUAUCAAAGCAUGCGAGUAUGUGCGACAGGGCAAGGAGUUGCCUCGAGCGUUGGAAAGCAGGGAAAUGGAAGUGAAGAGGUGUGAUUUACUGGAAUGGUAUGAUCCGGGUCAGCAUGACUUCGCCUUCCCUGGCGAGGAGGAGCCAGCUCCAGCACCUGCGGCACGGAUUAGAUUGACAGUUUGUUCCGGCUUCUACGUUCGCAGCUUUGCGCACGAUCUAGGUGUCGCUUGCGGUACCGUUUCGCACAUGGUCGCGCUGAAGCGCGAAGUGCAAGCCAAUUUCGUGCUCCAGCCUUCUCCGUUCCCGGAGGAUACCGCUGCGAUCCCGUAUGAUGAUUUGGAUGUUGGUGAACAUGUCUGGGGCCCCAAGCUCAGACCGCAGCUCGAGGAGUGGGUCGCGGCAAAUCCAGUCAACCAAGGACAUAUCAACGGGCGAGAAGGAAGCACGAAGAGAAAGAUGGCACAGGAGGGUGAAGCAAAGCCCAGACAGAGGUUCCGCGGAGAAUGGGUUGCUGAAACGAAAAAAGAGAGGAUCAAGCAGCAAGGUGGCAAGUACAAGGGGAAAUGGGGACGGAAGGCCGAGGUCGAAGCACUUAUAAAGCAUUUCACGCAGGAUAUCAGUAAGUAUCAAUGA